CCAACGUGCUUGGCCAUAUGUCUCGUUACGGACUUGCCGUGGAAGAGGUCGGGCGUUUUUCGCGUUCUCGGUACACCUCUUGGGUGAUGCUAAUUGAGGAUUAAGCUUUCCCCCGUUUGCAGGGCAGUCGCUAGGUAUUGGAUCCCGUAGGCUUUCUUUGGUCCGUCCCUAUCACGAACUGCGACGUCCGACGUCUUCCUCUCAACCCGACUUCUUGGGUUCUCCUCCGGCACUUUCGCUCUCUGGGUCCAAUCGGAGCGCUGGAAGCUAUUCAUGCAGGAAUCAAGCCCAACCAACGUGCCAGCGUGCCAGUGCGACCAAGUGCCGUUGCAUUGCCAUGUGCGGUGGUGACAUCUACCUCACUACUUCGUAUUCUACCCCUGCUCUACCGGCACGGGUUGCAUUAUACGGUCAUCUUACUUGCAAUGCAGACCUGGCCGUGCUUCCCAACGUCUCGACGCACCCGUUCCUCGGCGACCAUCUAAGCAUCGACAUUGAGCAUGGUCCUUCAUUGUACGGAUAUGGUACGGACAACACACUAGGCCCCAACCCUAAUGCUAUAAGCGGGUUGUUGACUAGGAUGCCGAUCAAUUCGAUGGGACCCAAACGUCCGAUCUUCGAUUCGCCUAGAAUCGAGACGGGGAAGCCUGUGCGAUUCGGGUUCCCGAUGGCCGUACCGCGUACGCAGGACUCCGUACCCGACGAUGAGCGCUUAACGGCACUUGGGGAGAGGGGAAGCGAUGGAUGGUGGAAGAUACAGAGACAGAGACCACAAACCCCGCCUCACUACUGGCGGUAUCCACAAAGUGCAAUGAUACUGUACACAGCUCCUCAGUGAGCGGUGAACUAUUCGCUCGUCAACAGAGGACUAGUAGACUCAGUCGCUGCAGUCUAAGGUGUCAAUCAAGUGGCAGUUAGAUGCAUUAGCCCAUUUGGAAAAGAUAAAGUGGCCUGUCCGGGUUGCUCAGGGGGGAAAUUUGCAGUGGCCAUUGGACUCGACGAUGGGCGCUCCACCCCAAACCACUGGCGUCGCGGAUGGGCAGCGGUGCGAUUGGGGAAGUCUCGCGGGCCUUCGGUCCAUGAAUGGUCGGGAACGACAUGUUCGUCAGAUAAGAGUGGAUGCGGCCUCGAGACGAUGCUAUCGAUGCAGGCCGGGAAGCUUAUUAUUAAGUACGAGUAGCAGCC